GUGAGUUAGUGGAUGGCUGAAAGUUAGCUUGACCAUUGAGUUGCUGAAAUGUUUUGCUGCUUGAGAGCCGUGAGAAGGUUAUGUCUGGAGAAGAUAUCGCUACAAUGCAUUCUUCAGUCAAGAACUUUGUCAGGAGCUGAUGCCAUCAAUGCUCUCAGACCUUUCUAUUUUGCUGUGCAUCCAGAUUUCUUUGGCCAGCAUCCCAAAGAGAGGGAAGUAAAUGAAAACUCUCUGAAGAGGUUAAACGGCUACUUGGAGAACCUACAGAAACCAGGAUUUCGCUCCUUUAAGCCAACUCAGCUUACUUUUUAUGUAAGAGAAAGAGAACCAAACUCUUCUAAUGUUCAAGAAUCCUUCAGUGCUUCAGGGUUUCGAGCAGUCAGUUUUACAUUACAUACUAGGGAUCUCCUGAGCACAGUAUUAGAUAUUCUCAACUCCUGCAGUUUAUCUACGGAGCAUAUUCAAAGUUUGAACGUGAACUCUCAGCCCCACAAGGAAGCAAAAAGCACAGUGAACAGACCUAUCAAAUGGGAUAAGACUUAUUAUUCAUUUACUGGAUUCAAGGAUCCUGAGGAGGAACUAGAACAAGCACAGAGAGUGGAAACAACUUUAAUAUCCUGGCUAGAUGAUAAUGAAGCAAGUGCGGUAAAAAAGCUGAAAAAGAGUUUGCCACUUAGAAAAGAACUAGAACGUUUAAAAUUUGAACUCUCUCAUCAACUCCAGCUCUCGGAUAUCAGGUAAUAAAUUAGAUCAGUUGGACUUGUUCACCAAUGUAACACCUGGCUCCUGUAUAGUUUAACAAAAAUUAUUCCACUAUAA